AUGGUCACCAAAUGGUUCAACACCGAUGCUCUGGAGGGGCUUUGCACCAGCGAGCAACUGGAUCUUCUCAACUCCGUCGACGAUCUGCGAUCCCAGGGCAUCAGCCACUACGUCUCCCUGCCGCAAAUUAUUGUCUGUGGCGAUCAAUCAUCCGGCAAAAGCUCCGUCCUCGAGGCGAUCUCGGGCGUUUCCUUUCCCGUCAAGAGCAGCCUCUGUACGCGAUUCCCCACCGAGCUGGUGUUGCGGAAGCACGCACAAGUUGGGGUGCGAGUCUCCAUCGUCCCUCACCAUUCUCGCAGCGAGGCGGAAAAGAUAUCUCUGGGCGGAUUUUCUGAAACGCUGAAUAGCUUCGAGGGCUUACCGGACCUCAUUGACAAUGCAAAGUCGGCUAUGGGCAUCUCGACCCACGGAAAGGCGUUUGCAAAUGACCUGCUCCGCGUGGAAGUUUCCGGGCCGGAUCGUCCGCAUCUCACCAUCGUGGAUCUGCCCGGGCUGAUUCACUCGGAGACCAGACAGCAGUCCGCGUCUGAUGUUCAGCUCGUCCAGGAAGUCGUCCAGUCCUACAUGAAGGAGCCACGCAGUAUCAUUCUGGCGGUGGUAUCGGCCAAGAACGACUUUGCCAACCAGAUCGUCCUCAGACUCGCCCGGGAGGCCGAUCAAGCAGGAAAUCGGACGCUGGGGGUCAUCACCAAGCCAGACACAUUGAUUCCAGGAUCUCAGUCUGAGGCCACGUUUGUAUCUCUAGCGAAGAACAGAGACGUCGAGUUCCGGCUUGGAUGGCACGUGUUGAAAAACAUGGACUCGGAGGCCGGCACAUGGACGUUGGCAGACCGAAACACCAAGGAGAUCGAGUUCUUUGCCCAGGGGGUCUGGGACGAUAUGCCCGCGGGCCUCGUCGGAGUCAAUGCACUCCGGCGGCGGCUCAGCACUCUCCUGCUUGGCCAGAUUGCAGCGGAGCUGCCCAGCUUGAUUCAUGAAAUCCGAAGCAAGAGUGACGCCUGCAGCCGACAAUUGAAGCAACUGGGCAAGCCUCGCACGACUCCAACGGAGCAACGGAUCUACCUGCUGAACCUGAGCCAGUCCUUUCAGUCUUUGGUCAAAUGUGCCGUCGAUGGGACUUACAACGAGCCUUUCUUUGGCGAUGUGCACCGCGAGCAGGGCAAUCAAAAGCGGAUCCGCGCCGUGGUUCAGAACAUCAACGAAUCUUUCGCUGAGCGCAUCAACCGCCGCGGACACUACCGGGAUAUCCGGCCUUCGGUUGGUAGCUCCAAACGGACCGAGAAAGGUCAGAUCGCAGUGACCCAAGGCGAAUAUAUCGAGGAUAUCAAGCGGCUACUCAGUAAGACCAGGGGCUGCGAGCUACCUGGAACCUUCAACCCGAUGAUUGUCCGGGAGCUUUUCCUGGAGCAAUCCCGUCCAUGGGAAGAGAUCGCCUGUAGCCAUGUCAAGGAGGUAUGGAAAGCAAGCGGAGAUUUCCUCGAACUGGCCAUUGACUACAUUGCGGACGAGGCAACCUCGGCCACCCUUCUUCGUGAGAUCAUCCGGCCAGCGUUGAGCGAACUUCGAGAGAUUGUCGACCAGAAGAUAAGGGAGUUGUUGGAUCCCCAUCAGAAAUCGCACCCCAUUACGUACAAUCACUCCUUUGCCGAAAAUAUCCAGAGGAUCCGGAAUGAGCGCGAGGAGAGACAGAUCACGCAAUGCCUGGAAUCUUUCCUCAAUGUUACUGAGCUAUCCACGGACGCGUAUUUCGAUGACUCAAUUGACCUCAUUGGACUCAGAAAAUCUCUUCUUCAAUCGUUGCAGCCAUCUCGGACUGAUUAUGCACCAUAUGAGGCGCUGGAUUGUAUGCUGGCUUACUACCAGGUUGCCCUGAAAAGAUUCAUCGACGAUGUUGCGGUCGAGGUCAUUGAAACAAAACUGGUAUCCUUCCUCAGCAAUAUCUUUACACCCAUGUCGGUCUUCACCAUGCCCGACCACCUUGUUCAACGCAUCGCCGGAGAAUCAGAGGAAAGCCAAAUGAUCCGCGAGGAGUUGACGAAGAAGCUUGAAAUCCUCAACAAAGGCGCAGACACAUGCCGACGGUUUGUCGGUAUCCGAAGUGCCGGUAAGCUAGCUGCUAUGCCGCAGUGA